AUGGCUGCCCCCCCAGCACCCGCCAGCCUCAGCCGGCCCUCCUCGACCCAGGAGCAGCACCCGAUGCACCAGCCAGCCGAGCUCCCCAGCCCAGCCACCGAGAAACUCAACCACAACAUCAGCAUCCCCGCCGAGCACCACCACCCCCCAGCCACCCACAAACAGCACCCCCCCGCCACGCUGCCCCCGAGCAUGUCCCGCAACAGGCUGCCCACCCUCCAGGAAGUGCUCGCCCGCCAGACCAGACCGCCCGUCGACCUAUACUGCUUCUACCUCUACCUCCAACGCGAACGGGCCGAGGACUCGCUCGACUUCUGGCUCGAUGCCCAGCAGCACGAGAACCUCUGCCGGGCCUACUUCAAGGACCUCCGGCGGAGCGCCGUCAACCUCCGGGACGAGUGGCCGGCGUACUACCAACGGGCGUGCACACGGGGCAGCGUCUACAAUCCCAUUAAUGGGAUUUCGAGGCAGAGCCGGCUGAUGAACGAGACCCUGGACUACUUCAAGAAACCCCACGCCCCGCAAUCGAUCAACAGCUCGCGCGUCUCCCAGCAGGGCAUGUCGAGCCCCAAGCCCCCGCACGUCUCGCCGGCCCUCCGGGCGCUGUUCCCGCACGACAAGAUCCCGAGCAGCCAGGAGGAGGAGCACAGCCGGCCGAUGCGGCAGAGCAGCACCCGGGCCCGGACGCCCAUCCAGCCCGUCAUCCCCCGCUCCUCGGCCAUCACCCGCACCGACCUCAUCGCCUCCGCCGAGCGCAUCUACUACCGCUAUCUGCUCAGCGGCGCCGAGAAAGAAAUCUACCUGCCCUCGGCCCUGCGCAUCCACAACUUCCCCAUCAACUCGGCCAGCCUGCCCCAUGCGGGCAGCCCCGACUACGACGACGAGGCCAGCUUCCUGGCCAUGGUCCCCGACCUCUUCGUCAGCCAGAAGGAGUACAUCUUCCGCAGCAUGGAACGCGACACGUUUCCGCGCUUCCUGCGCGCUAAAGCCUUCGGAAAUCUGACCCCUUUGAGCAGCAUCAUCCGGGUCUCCGUGGGCCUGUUUGCGGUGUGGGUGGGGCUGUCCAUCGGCCUCUCGCUCAUCUUCCUGGACGUCCAUCCGCGCGCCCACCGGCUCUGGUCGAUGAUCCCAUUGACCGUCGGCGCGCUGGGCAUCCUCGGCCACUUCUACGACCUCGACCCGCUCCUCAUCCUCUUCAACCGCUCCGAAACCGUGCUCUUCAGGACCCUCGCCGUCAAGGAGAAGUUCGUCCAGAAAAUCCUCCGCGGGAGGGCGAUGUGGGUCGUGCUCGUGAGCGCCGUCAUCGUCGCUUGUGUCACGUGCAUCCUCGUCUUCGUCCCCGGCCAUCGCCUCUAA